AUGAACAUCGCGACAUUGGAGCUAGUCUCAUCCAUAAUGAAGCUGAGAAUACCAAAGUUCGAAAACACGCCGUACACGCCGACACACACGGACGUGGCCUCCGCCGCCAAGGCCCUGUCGCGCUUCCUGACGGCAAAAAACACAAAAACGGCAAUUCUAACCGGCGCAGGCAUCUCUACAGCAUCAGGCCUUCCAGACUACAGAGGACCCACAGGAACAUACACAACCAACCCAAACCACCAGCCGACGCUGUAUCACGAGUUUGUGUCUGACGAGCACAAACGCAAGCGGUACUGGUCACGUGCGUGGAUCGGCUACGAGCAGGCGUUGAAGUGGGCCCGUCCAAACGUGGCUCAUGAGGUGUUGACAGGCUGGCUUAGGGGCGGCCACAUCUCGGGCCUCAUUACCCAGAACGUGGACGGCUUACACAAGCUGAGCCAGGUGAGUGGCGGUGACAUUGUGGACAAUGUGAACGUGUCGGCUGAUCUGAGAGCUGGUCGAGAGGUUCCGGCACUUGUGGAACUGCACGGAUCGGCCUAUAGAGUGCAUUGUCUGAGUUGUGGAGACCAGACAUCACGAGAGGAUUUCCAAGACAGAAUGGCUAAGGACAAUGGAUGGAGUAAAGACGAUGCUGUGGCCGGGACUGCCAUGACUGGGAGAGGAUUUACCACGGACAAGACUACCGAGAGUGAUCUGGCACAGUUUGUAGAUCCGGGAACGAGGGUGGAAACAAACACGGGUGCCACAGUCACUCCUGGGGGUUCUCCGACUUCUUCCAAUCCAUUUCUCGCAUCUCUAGACGACUCGACUAGCAAAUCUCGGCUUGAUAUUUCUGGAAACAAGCUGAAUGAAGCUGCUCCUGGUAGACAACAGCAACUCAACGCGGAUGGAGACGCGGAAUUGGACGUGGAAAUCGACUACGACAGGGUCGCCAUUCCGCCAUGUCUCAACUGUGGCGGGGUUUUGAAGCCCUCCAUUGUGUUUUUUGGAGAAAGUGUGCCUGAGGCGGAUCGGGCUCGCGCACGUGAUCUGCUGGAGUCGUCCGACCAGCUGCUGGUUAUUGGCACGUCUCUGUCCACUUUCUCAGCCUUUGAUCUUGUCCGACAGUUCUACAAACAAGGCAAAAAGGUGGCGGUGUUGAACAAGGGAGGUGUCCGAGGCGAAGGCAAGGACUGGGAGGCAGAUGUGCGACUCGACGGGGAUAUCGGAGGGGUUUUGGAGAAGGUCAAAAUGUGA